AUGUCCGCCCCUUCAGAAUCAGUCAUCUACGUCCUCGACUUCAACGUCGGCAACGAGACCGACGACCCGAACAACCCGUGGACAUCCGGAAGAAUCGCCGUCGGGACUCCAAGCAGCAACACCCUCAAAACGCUCAAAUCCCACGAGCUGCGCCCCGAUGGCAUCGAAGUGCUCCUCCACGAAGGCCAAAACGACGGCCGGAUUUUCUGGACGCAGAUGGGAGGUCCGGAGAAGAAUGACGGUACUGUUCAAUCCUCGGCUCUGGACGGCGAUGAUGUGAAGGAUAUCUUUUCCAGGGGAGAAAUUCACACGCCGAAGCAGCUUGCUAUCGAUGAGAAGAAUGGGAAGCUGUAUGUGUGUGAUCGGGAGGGGUUGAGGGUGCACCGAUCGAAUUUAGAUGGCACUCAAAAAGAAGUCUUGAUCCAAACCGGCACCUGGACGAACGACGAGCACGUCUCCGACGCCGCGAGAUGGUGCGUAGGGAUCUGCGUCGACGCCGAGAACGGCCUGUUCUACUGGACGCAAAAAGGCCCCUCCAAAGGCGGCAAAGGCAAGAUCCUCCGAGCAAACAUCAAAACCCCAAAGGGCGCCACGGCAUCCACGCGGAACGAUAUUGAAGUCCUCUUCGAGGACCUCCCAGAACCCAUCGACCUCCAACUCUCCGUCUCCACGCAACAGCUCUACUGGACCGACCGCGGCGACUUCUCCAAAGGCAACAAGCUCAACCGGGCGAGCGUCGCGGGGAGUCUCGGCAGGAUCCAGGAGAGGGGGUAUGAGAUUCUGGCGAGGCAUUUGCACGAGGCGAUUGGGUUGCAGGUGGACGAGAAGAAUCGGCAUGUGUAUGUGAGUGAUUUGGGAGGGGAUGUGUAUCGGUAUGAUCUCGAUGGGAAGGGCGUGGAGAAGUUUUUCGAAGGACAGGGGGUUUUUACGGGGAUCGCGGUGGCGGAUUUGGGGCGGGAGGAGAGGGCGAGGCUGUAUGGGCUUUGA